AUGUAUCUCCGAAACUAUGGUAUCGUUUCUGCUCUCGUUGGCCUGUGCCUGAGUGGCGUACUUUCUCAAACAUCGCAAGUGUUUAUAAAAUUGAACUUUCAUAUUUAUCUUUUUCGUGCAGUAUGUGAUCUGCAAAAGUGUCCCGGUCCACUGUAUUAUUACGAGGAAAUCGGGUGCACUCCAGUUUUCGAAAAUGUCACCUCCUGUUGUCCGUCGAGUUACAAUUGCGACAUUUGGAAAAAUAGAACCUCGCAUUAUCACUGUUUGGCGGAUGGUCGCGUAUAUAAUCAUAAUCAAGUCGUACCGACCGAAGAUGCUUGCAGCUUUUGUCGCUGUAGGAGUGGCAAUGUAAGAUGUAUGGAAACAUCUUGCAGCAGACCAUACGCGGAGGAUAUACUCAGCUGCCGUCAUCUUCUAUCGAAUGUCGAGUGUUGCAAAAUUUAUCAUGUUUGUGAGAAUAGUCCUGAUGUCUGCAACGUUGAUGGAAAAUCAUACAAAGCAGGAGAAACGUUCGUUCCAAUAAACGAACCGGAAAAAACUUGUACCUGCGACGAAGGAUACGAUGGCGUGAACGAUGAGCGAUUUUGCCAGUGGUCGAAACGAUCUCGCUGUCCUAAUGACAUAGCGAAUUUUGAAAACAUCCACAAUGGUUGUGCACCGAUCUAUGAACGAGAAUCGAUGCUUUACAAUGCUUGUAGCAAGGCUCACGUAUGCCCUGAGGAAGGAAAAUACGCAAUCGAUAAGAAAUCUAACAUCGGCGCGUCAACGCUCAGUACUUCCGAGGCUGUCGUUUCAGUCCAACAGUGCCGAAUCGGAAACGUCACAUUGAACAUUGGCGACAAACUGCGUUAUGAGGGAAGAAACGUCAAGUGUAUUUGUGAAGUACCGCCAAUACCAACCUGCUAUGAAACGUCCAACUGUUUACAACGUUUGAAACGAGUCCAUAUCUUUUCCAACGAGGGAACGUCAACGAUGUUGAAUCACAACGGCUUCAAAAUCGUCCUUGGGCUUUGCCUUUGUUUCGCGUUCGUUGUCGGCGACUCCACAGAACAACUCUGCACGUAUGGUCAUUUCGUGAUGAGCGUUGGUGUCGAAAUGAAGAGCAGUACGCUUUGUACGAAAUGUAUAUGCGAAGUACCUCCAGUUCCAAAGUGUCAAGAGCUUCCCAAAGAAGAAUGCUAAGCGUGUCACUGCUCCUCUCUUGAAUUCACGAAGAACGACGCUCUCCAUUAAAAAUGUAACUCAUGCUCAACGACUCAUCAACUACACUAACGAUUCAACGGACGGAUCUGCUUUUAAGAAGCUCAGAUGUGUGCUAUAACCUGCGGACAACACAGAAACAAGCUUUCGAAUUAAUUCCCAAUAUUUGCGUGUGAAGGAUUCGUGUGUAACGAUUAUCCCCCUGAAGAUAGAAUGAUGCUUAAUGUUAAAAAAUAAACUGUUAUCACUGAAAAAACUACGAAAACAUGAGCCCAGUUUGGCCCCCUUACGCCACGGCACUUCAGAAGGUUUGGAGGUCGCAAGAAUGGUUAUCAAGUUGCUCUUUAGUUUAAAGAAAACACCAUUCGAAUGAUCUUUACUUGAUAAAAUCACGAACCAUAUCCAACAUCAGUCGCAAAUAUCAAUGUAAGUGGAAAUGAAUAAACCAGAAAAAAGAUGCUGGAACGAUUCAAUGCAGAUAAAUGCCACUUAUUCCGGCAGUAUCGUCUAAUUUUAUCAUUCUUUUUAUCGACAAGCUUCAUCGAGUCAAGACAAAAUAUUUGUAAAAAAAGAAACUCAACGAACUGCGACAGCCGAAGAUAAAGUUCGAAUAGCUUCCGCUUGAAAUUUCCCAGCGCAUGACGAGUAUUGCUGAAAAAUGUCUGAUUCUCAAACGGACUCGAAUUUUCUUCGUCGUAAGGAGGCUGCUCAAUGCGCGUUAUCUGUCAAUUUUAGUCACGUUGGAUGGCUGUACCGUGAUCGGCAAAUUUAUGGAAAUUAUGAAAUCGCCUUUGGGGUGUCGAAUCAUAUUAGUACAUCGUGGAAUUUUUUUCCAGUUGGCUCUUCGAAAUAUCCGUAAUCAAUGAGCAAAAAAAGAGCACUGCGAUAACAGGGUCUUAGUUCGUAGCUUUUAUCGAACUUAAAAAUUCUUGUGAAAAAUACGCAUCACAUUGAAACAUGGAAGUGAGGGCAGUAGGGCUAUGCGGGCUCUGCUGGACCGAAUGAACGCGAGGGGCUCUUGCCCUCGCGUCGAUAUCCUUUGUUGCCACUAAAAUUCUGUGCCCGAAAAAGGCAAAUACUAUAUUUAUAUGCAGAAAUAGAUGGCGAUAAAGGAAUGAAAAUAAGUAAUUUUGUAAAAUAUAAAUUUUCUGAAGUUUGA